AGUACUGGUGGGACGAGUCAGAGCAAUGCACCUUUGCAGACACCCCAGGACGUGAUGUUUUCCCGCCUGACGUAUUCUUCCGUCACCCUGACUGUUCCCGGGGUCGAUGACGUCAUUCUACAGUACCGGAAGAGCGGUAGUACAGAAUGGUGGCCAGUACCACAGUCAGGGUCAAACAACGUGCGGCUUCAGAACUUGGAACCUGACGUCACAUACAGAGUACGGGCAGCUCGCAGACCGGCAGAAGACACAGGGGAACAUGUUUAUUCUGAGGAAGCGGCCUUCAGAACUCUCAGCAACGAUCGCCUUGGUGUAGGCCACCUUCACCAAUCUCCCUCAAGAUCGCGGCCAGUGUCUUACAGACUCUGCCUAGACUACAUCAGUAAGAACCUGACCAUAGAAGACUUCAAGAGACUCAAGUUCGUGUGCAGACCUCACCUGCACGUGGGCGAGUUGGAAAGCGUCACCAACGGCCGGGAGCUGUUUGACAAACUGGACAGGAAGGGCGUCAUAUCGGAAGACAACGUCUCCGAGUUGAAAACCACGUGUAGAGACUUGUUGCUGACGGUGCCGCUGGGAACGUUGAGGAGAUACGAGCGGGAAUGGGGCCUGUGCCUCGCGACGGACACAGCAGACCUCACCACAGAUGCUGAGCCUGAGAACUUACCGGAGGAUCUGCCGGUGCACGAAGCUCCUCAUGAAAGACCACUGCCCGUACAAAACGAAGCCCCUCCUGCUGUCCCUGUAGCUGAGGUCCCAGACCCUGUCCCCAGUCCGCCCACUGUUCUGGGUGUGGUGUUAUUGUCCGUUCUUGCUGCUGUUGUGGUUGUGUCUUCCGUCUUUCUCAUAGGGCGCUUCAUUCCGGAGGAGGAUCGUCUGAGAAGUGUCUUAGGGGUCCCGAGAGGUAUCGGGAUCCCCUUCAGUGAAGUUCCCUACCCGACUGAGUAUUUCACCGGCCACGAGGAUUACCUAAGCAAGUUGGAGUCAGAGUACGACAAGUUCUCAUCCAGGUGGUACGAAAGAACAAGAAGCCACACGUUAGUCCAGGUGUUGACAGGUCUGCCUGGGUAUGGUAAGACGGAGAUCGCGAUCCAGUACGCGCUGCGGUCGUACCACCAGGGCCGGUUCAGGGGAGGCAUCUUCUGGCUCACCUGCUCAUCAAGACAGCGUCUCAACGUCGGGCUGGAGAAAAUGAUGGCGAACAUCGGCCUGUCCCUGGAGUUGAAGGACUACACCCACGAGAACAUCCUGCGGGUGGUGACCAAGUGGCUGUGGACCAACCACAACUGGAUGCUGGUCCUGAACGGCGUGCGCAGCCCCGACCUGGUGCGGGAGUACUUCCCCUCCCUGCCGAAGGGGGGCCACAUCAUCAUCGCCUCCGACUACACCGACUGGAAGCGGGUCUGGGACGGCACCGUCACCACCGUGUACGACGUGACCGGCCUGAACCAGACCGAAGCGGAACUGUUCCUGAUACGCCGCCGGUGGGACCUCACUCUUCAAGAGGCCGCGUCCAAACGUUCAGAACUCAUGGAGUCUACGUCAGAGGAAUACGUAGCGCUGCAAACUCUCGUAGGAAAAGACGGAUUCGACGGACUGCCGCUUGCGUUAGAAAAGGCCGGCGCGUACAUGAGGUACAACAAGUACUCGUUCGCACGUUAUCUAGAGCUGUACCGACGCAAGACGGCGGGUCUUCUCGGUGAAGAACAUGGCGAUCUCCCGAUCAACGUGAAAAGCAGCAUGCUUCUUAGCGCCGAGAAGUUACAGAAGGACUACCCGGCGGCGAUCCAGCUGUUGGAGAUCUGCUCGCUCCUUGACCUGGCCGUCCCGGAGUGGAUUUUCGUGCGCGCGGCCGUGAAUCUGACGGACUCCCGCCUCAGAGACGAGCUGCUGGGCGGAGAAAACGGCUCCUCCGUGUCGGAGAUCGAGAUAUCGGACAACCUGAACACCAUCCUGAUGAGGCUUGAAAGGUACUCUCUCAUCAAGCGGCACCAAGGGGAUGAAACAGGCGAGGUGGUGGUAGACGAUGAUGUACAAAGGGAAAAGAUGUACUUCACCAUUCCAAGACUCCUACAGACUGUUAUAAGGUCCGAUCUUAAGGAGAAGCCUCAGAAGAUGACCCUGGCCCUGAGUAACGGCAUCCGCAUCCUGAAGGCGAUCUUCCCGAACGCCACGUCCGUGUCCCUGGGCAUGUUUGUGUCCUUCAACGACCGGGACAAGCACAUCAAGUACAACUUCAUCGUCACCAACACCCUCAUCGUCGGCCAGACGGUGGCCGAAGUCGUCCGGAAAUUCCCCAGGAAGAAGACGACAACUGCCGACGUCAACGCUGAGACGUGCUCGAGGAAGGAGGAAUGCCUACAGCAGGUUGAGGACCCGACUCCGCUCUUCAACGCCGUCGGGAUGUACCUGAGGCGGGACGGGCAGUCGGAACAGGCGCUGGAGAUCUUCCAGCUGGCAGUGCGCGCUACCGAGGUUCUAAAUCAAGGAGACAAGUACCAACUGGCUAUAGCGAGAAGGUACCUUGGGAAGGCGUACUUCGAGCUGCUGGAGCUGGACAAGUCUGAGCAGGAGUUUGAAGAGUCCCUGAGGCUGAUCAGGCAGCUGUACCCCAAGGAACAUGUCGAAGUCGCUUGUGGCAUCCAGGCUGUGGCACGUGCUCGGCAGCGACGGAAUUUGACGGAGAUGGGCGAAGAUUACGUCACAGAAACCGAGAGGAUGUUACAAACAGCCCUCAGGUUAAAGAAAGCCUACUACGAGAAACGGAACGUUUCCAACCACUACAUGAUCGCUGUGGCCUACAAUAACCUCGGAGCGCUUUACCAGGACCUGGGGCGUCUGGAGGAGUCAGAAAAACUCAUCAAGGCCAGUCUGGAGAUGAAGCGGGCAGUUUUCGGGGAGGAGCACAUCAGCGUAGCAAUUGUGCUGAACAAGCUGGCUAGAAACUACCUGCUGGGUGACAGCAGGAACCUGACCGAAGCCGCCCGUCUGACCAAGUUGUCUCUGGAGAUGAAGAAGAAGGUUCUUCCACAGCGACACAGAGCGUGUCAACUAGCCCUCUACUUUCUUGUUCGGAUCUACAAAGAGAUGGGUCAGGAAGCUGAAGCCGGGGAGUACGAGAAGGAACUCACGGAGUAUGACCAGAACAACGAGUUCCUACAAAAACUGGAGGAUAAUACGUCUAGUUUCUUCGAACUUUAUCCACAUGAUUGGACAGUGUGGCUAUGACGAAACACCAUGUUACCCCGUACUGUGAUUCUCAGGUUCUUUACCUAUUUUUUAACUAUUUUAUUAGGUUUAAGCUGGAAUUGUGUUUCAGUCCAUUGAAUCAUGCUUUUCUAAUUCUACUGUGUAAAUAGACGACAGUAAUGACCAAAGGAAUUUUGUCCAUAGUUUUAAAGAAUUU